AUGUCACAACAAGAGUCAACUUCAAAGCCACUAAAUGAAAUGAAUAUAAAUGAACUAACUAAUAAACAACAACAACAACAACAAAAUAUAUAUGCGUCAACCUCACCUUCACUAGAUAAUAACAACAACUACAACAAUAACUAUAAUCAGAAUGGAAUAACACAACAACAAUAUAACAGUACGAACACGUCAUUAAAUAAUAAUAAUAUACCUACUCAACAACAGUAUUCUCAUAACAAUUCAACUACUUCAUUAACCAAAAAAAUAUCAAGACAUGCACACAAAGACACAACCACAAAGGGAAAAUACAAUUUAAAUGAUUUUCAAAUAUUAAGAACUUUAGGAACAGGAUCAUUUGGAAGAGUUCAUCUAACUAGAUCAAUUCAUAAUGGACGUUUUUAUGCCAUGAAAGUUUUAAAAAAGGAAAGAGUAGUAAAUAUGAAACAAGUAGAACAUACAAAUGAUGAACGUCGUAUGUUGAAAUUAGCACAACAUCCAUUUAUAAUACGAAUGUGGGGUACAUUUCAAGAUUGUCAUAAUUUAUUUAUGAUUAUGGAUUAUAUAGAAGGUGGUGAAUUAUUUUCAUUACUUAGAAAAUCUCAAAGAUUUCCAACUCCAGUAGCUAAAUUUUAUGCAGCAGAAGCAUUUUUAGCUAUUGAAUAUUUACAUAAUUUAGAUAUUAUAUAUAGAGAUUUAAAACCUGAAAAUAUCUUGUUGGAUAAAAAUGGUCAUAUUAAAUUAACUGAUUUUGGAUUUGCUAAAGAAGUAAGUGAUGUUACUUUUACAUUGUGUGGUACACCUGAUUAUAUAGCUCCUGAAGUUGUUGCAACAAAACCAUAUAAUAAAUCAGUUGAUUGGUGGUCAUUUGGUAUAUUAAUAUUUGAAAUGUUAACUGGUUAUACCCCAUUUUAUGAUCCAACACCAAUGAAAACUUAUGAAAACAUUUUAAAUGGUACAAUAACAUAUCCUGAUUAUUUACCACCAGAUAUUUUGGAUUUAUUACAAAAAUUAAUAGUAAAAGAUUUAACUCAAAGAUUAGGAAAUUUACAAGGUGGUUCAAAUGAUGUUAAAAAUCAUCAAUGGUUUAAAGAAGUUAUAUGGGAAAGAUUAUUAAGUAGGGAUAUUGAAACUCCUUAUGAACCUCCAAUUACUUCUGGAGUAGGAGAUACUUCACAAUUUGAUAGAUACCCUGAAGAUAAAGAUUUAGAUUAUGGUAUUUCUGGAGUGGAUGAUCCUUAUCAUGAACUGUUUGAAGAUUUUUAA